AGCUAGAAUUCUAUUAUUUGGAGUUCACAUUUUCUGUUGUAACUUUAUUUUUAAUUUUUUUUUUAUUUUUAGUUUUUUGGUUUUCACUGGAAGGAAAAGAUGCUCAUUUUAAAUGUUGAAGUGUACAAGUUGCUUUGUUACAAUAAAACCAAUGUGUACACAAAAAACAAAACAAAACAAAAUCCUCGCAAAAAAAAAAAAAAAGCCGGGGAUUUGCCCAGUGCUGCGACACUACCUUAAUCCUCGCGUUAGAAUUGCAAAGGCGCAAAUCACAGUUUUGUCAGGGACAGAACUGUUGAAAGUCAAUCAGCAGAAGGAUGGCUUUUCUUCUUGCUUUGUACUCUCAAUGUCGGUGAAUACUCCGGCAGAGUACGUAACCAAAGGGGCAACUUAUUCUCAGUACCUAACGGGUUCCAUACUUCUAUCACUCCCAAAAUUCAAGAGAACACUUCCUUUCUCUUGUUUUUAAUGAAGAAAUCUAUAGAUGGCCCCGAGAAAAUAAUUCUGGGAAAAAAAUAGUGAAAGGAAGACCUUCAGUGAAAUGAAGUUUUAAAGGGCAUCCGCUGGGCACGGUAGUGUAUGUAUUCAUCCUAGCACCAGGGGGGAGAAAGAAGAAGAUGAGUUAAGAGCAGCCGCAGGCACGUAGACAGAUCAAAGCCGUCCUAGGCUACUGGACACCUUGACUCAAACACACAAACAAAACUCAUGGCCAGCAUUUGUCUUCCAGAUACAUGCAGUGUACUGUCAUUGAUAGUAUAUUGGGAUGUGUUUGGCUUGUUGAAACUUUUCUGGUAAAUUGUAAACCCAUGUCUUUGCAUGUUUUGUUUGGUUUUGGUUUGAUUUUGGUGCUCCACUGUCACCGAAUAACAAUGACAUUUAGAUAUGUUUACAAAGUUAAUGUUUUGUUUUCUUCGUUCUGGAAGAUGAAUUACAAUUUAGAAAUGGAGGCUGAAGAAUUAGAUGGCAGGAAGUUGACAAUUGAUUCCAUAAUGACCAAAGUAAGAGAUAUUAAAAAUAAGAUAAAGGAAGACCUUACUGAUGAGCUGAGCUCGAAUAAAAUCUGUGCUGAUCCUACAGAAACGGUUAACCAAAUUAUGAUGAUGGCGAACACCCCAGAGAACUGGUUGAAUUUCUUGCUGAAACUAGAGAAGAACAGUGUCCCCCUAAAUGAUGCUUUUUUAAAUAAGUUGAUCGGUCGCUAUAGUCAAGCAAUUGAAGCCCUUCCUCCAGAUAAAUAUGGCCAGAAUGAGAGCUUUGCUCGAAUCCAAGUCAGACUUGCCGAAUUAAAAGCUAUUCAAGAACCUGAUGAUGCUCAUGACUACUUUCAAAUGGCCAGAGAAAACUGCAAGAAGUUUGCUUUUGUGCAUGUGUCUUUUGCACAGUUUGAACUGUCUCAAGGCAAUCUUAAAAAAAGCGAACAGCUUCUUCAUAAAGCUAUAGAAAGCGGAGCAGUGCCGCUGCAGAUGCUGGAGAUCGCCAUGCGCAACUUACACCUCCAGAAAAAGCAGCUACUGUCAGAGGAGGACAAGAAGAGUUUAUCAGCAUCUACAGUACUAACUGCCCAAGAAUCAUUCUCUAGUUCCCUUGGAAAUCUACAGAAUAGGAACAUGAGUUGUGAUUCCAGAGGACAGCCUGCUAUAGCCAGGAUUUUAUAUGGAGAGAACAUACCUCCACAAGAUGCAGAAAUAAGUCAUCGAAAUCCCUUAAAACAAACUAACAAAGCUAAACCGUCAUGUCCCUUUGGAAGAGUCCCGGUUAACCUUCUGAAUAGCCCAGAUUAUCAUGUGAAGACAGAUGGUUCAGCUGUGCCAAAUUUUUCAAAAAGAAAGAUAUCCGGAUCAGAUUCCCGAGAAUCAAUUAUUCCUGGAUCCAAACCAAGUGGAAAUGAUUCCUGUGAAUUGAGAACUUUAAAGCCCAUUCAAAGUGUCCAUUUCAAAGACUCUCUGGUGUCCGGUGAAAAAAGUUCUGAGCUUAUUUCUGAUUUAGUAAUCUUGAAGAGUAAAACUGAAUCAAGUCUCCUAACAAAAUUGGAAGAAACUAAAGUACGUCAAGAAUCAGAGAUUGCAGAAAGAAAGCACAAACCAUGGCAGUCCACAAGAAAGUCUGAGAGUGUGAGCCAGAACCAGUGGCACAUUCCGGAUGUUACCCCUAAGACUCAGAAAGAGAAGUGUCCCACUGUUGAGCAGCUUGCCUUACCAGUUUCAAAGCAGUCGCCUCCGAUGUCAGUUCCUAAAUGGAUUGAUCCAAAGUCUGUCUGUGUGACACCCAGUAGUAAUUCCACGGAUGAUUACAUGAGCUGUUUUAGGACUCCAGUUGUGAAGAAGGACUUUCUGCCUGCCUGCCCAUUAUUGACACCUUACAGCCAGCCUGCCUGCCUGCAACAGCAGCAGCAGCAGCAGCAGCAGCAGCAGCACCAACAGCAGCAAGGACUGAGUACCCCUCUUCAAAACUUACAGGUUUCAGGAUCCUCAACAGUAAAUGAAUGCAUUUCUGUUAAAGGAAGAAUUUAUUCCAUACUAAAACAGAUAGGCAGUGGAGGUUCCAGUAAGGUAUUUCAGGUAUUGAGUGAAAAGAAGCAUAUAUAUGCUAUCAAAUAUGUGAACCUAGAAGAUGCAGAUAAGGAAACUAUUGACAGUUACCGGAAUGAGAUAGCUUAUUUGAACAAACUACAGCAACACAGUGAUAAGAUCAUCCGCCUCUAUGAUUAUGAAAUCACAGAGCGGUACAUCUACUUGGUAAUGGAAUGUGGAAACAUUGACCUGAAUAGUUGGCUUAAAAAGAAAAAAUCCAUCAAUCCAUGGGAACGCAAGAGCUACUGGAAAAACAUGUUGGAAGCAGUACACACAAUCCAUCAGCAUGGCAUUGUUCAUAGUGAUCUGAAGCCUGCUAAUUUUCUAAUAGUUGAAGGAAUGCUGAAGCUAAUUGAUUUUGGGAUUGCAAACCAAAUGCAGCCAGAUACAACAAGCAUAGUUAAAGAUUCUCAGGUUGGUACAGUUAAUUACAUGCCUCCAGAAGCAAUCAGAGACAUGUCUUCUUCAAGAGAACAUGGGAAAGUCAAGACCAAGAUAAGCCCCAGAAGUGAUGUUUGGUCCUUGGGGUGCAUUUUGUACUAUAUGACUUACGGGAAAACCCCAUUCCAGCAUAUCAUUAAUCAGCUCUCUAAACUACAUGCCAUAAUUGACCCUAAUCAUGAGAUUGAAUUUCCUGAUAUUCCAGAAAAAGAUCUUCAAGACGUGCUAAAGCGCUGUUUAGUAAGGGACCCUAAAGAGAGGAUAUCCAUCCCUGAGCUGCUCGCACAUCCUUAUGUUCAGAUUCAACCCCAUUCAGGCAGCCAAGUGGCUAGGAAAACCAAUGAUGAAAUGAAAUAUGUUCUGAGUCAACUUGUUGGUCUGAAUUCUCCUAACUCCAUUUUGAAAACUGCCAAAACUCUCUAUGAACGCUAUAAUUGUGGUGAAAGUCAAGAUUCUUCAUCAUCCAAGACAUUUAACAAAAAGGCAGAAGGAAAUUGAUGUACAGCUACUCACAAACCAAAAACACUAAAGCUGUCCAUCUGCUAUACUUUUGAAUCGCCACGGAAAUCUACCUUAGGAAACAAACUUGCCUGAAUUUUUUCAGUAAAAAUCUUUGUAAAUUAUCCUCUAAAAAAACUGUAAAGUUAACCACUGUGUUAGAAUAUAUAGUUGUGCUUUUGUUUUUUGUUUUUCUGUAAAUCUAAUCGGUCUGGUAACAUUUCACACGGAGCGGGGACUCUGGACUGUUGACGAUCUCUGUAAAUAGAGAGGACCUCUUACUCUGAAGACCUGUGUAAAUAAAGCUUAUCCUCAUGAGGGACACCACUGUCCCCAAGUUGUACGACAGUUUUCUUUAAUGUGUUACUGGCAUGAUAGCAAAAUUCUUAG